AUGUCCAGCUCUGGUGGUGGUAGCGGCGGUAACUGGUAUAGAGGUCAUAACAAGAACCAACAGAACUAUCCUACGUACGGCAAGUAUGGUGGUAGUCGACAACAACAACAGCAAGGGGGUGCGAAGAAACCCCAACCUGUCGUGAUAAAUCAGAGGACUCAACAACAACAACAGAUUUUACUUAGGAACGUCAUCACCAAGCGGAGGGAGGGGGUCCCUAACGCGGACUUCGUCCAGUGGUACUACUGCUGCCAACGAGCCAGUGGCCGAUCGAAUGUCAGAAUUGAAGAGGAAAUGCUCUACCCGAAAUUGGAAUACAUAGGUGUGGCUGAGAUGGAGCGUGUCGGUUGA